ACACUGUGUUUGGCAACUAGAGGGUACAAAUUCGAGGGGGGUACAAGUUGAAGGGUAAAUUGGUGGGGGGUGCAAUUUGUUGGGGGUGUAAGUGGAGGGAUAAAUUAUAGUUUGGAUGAAAAAAUAGGGGGUGCAAAUUAGUGAAAAGUGGUAUCAGAGCUAAACUCGAUCCCUUGUCUAGGGUUUUUAGCUUCCGAGUCAAGGCAAAGUCCAAGCUACCUUCACAGUAGCCACUGCUGGUAGUCAAUUCAAUGUUGGCGUCCCUCCAACAUCAUCUUAGCGUUCCCUCGAUAGUCAUGGUUGCCGUUGAAAGAAGAGCCGAUGUCACUCCGGCCUUCUACUCCGGAUCCGGUAUCAUAGUCGGCGAAGUCCUUCCCGCUGUUAAGAAUGAGAUCUCUAGUCCGCCGUCGUCGUCAUCAUCGAUUGUGCUCUUGUUAUCAAUCGUCGUCCUUGCCACGGCUGGUUGUCAUCAUCGUUGUCGAAGCUUUCGUUGCAGCGUCGCCUUGCAUCGAGGCACCUUCGCGUCAUGUUCAGCAACGAUGACCUUGUCAUCAAUCGCGCGGACUUGUCCGUCUCCAGAUUGCCAGUAAAAGUCCAUUAUUGCUCGGGUCAGCGGGGAUCUCUUCAUCAAGGUCACGGAGAACUCCUAAAGUUUGACGACUUCACCCGUCGAGUGGCGGCUUUAAUCUCUUGCCGCAGCAUCCACUAUCGCAAAAACAAAGGUUUGGUUAAAUUGUCCAUGUUCUUUGGUGGAGUCAUCUUAUUUAGUGGUCUUCUCCUCCACAUAAUAGCCAGACUUUCACGUGAACUCCAUGAUGGGGAAACUUCAAUAUCUAAGUUCUGUGCACCCCCCGGAAUUCCAUGUCUGGGUCUGUUUUGUCAUUUUGUGGUAUCAUUUGGUCAAUUCAGCUUGGGAUCACGGUUGGUAGGAGUUUGUCGGUCAAAGUAAUUACAUGGUCAUGGUUGAAAAUCAGUUCGUAGUGGAGAUUGGUUGAGUGGUUUAAUUGCAGUCCUGAAGUCGCCCAACAUCACUCAGUCUUGCCGUUUGCCGCUUCGGUGAUCCAUAUCCGUUCUGGCUCUUCGUUCUGCCUCCAAUCAUCGCUCAGGACCGGUUCUUCCUGUUAGCAUAAUAGUCAACCUCAAGCUCAAGAUUCAUCAAUUGUGGUUGUUGGUUUUCUUAACCAACAUCGCAGUCAUGACAUUGAAAGCAAUCAUGAUUGGCAGUGGUCAUCUCUUCAAUAACUAGUGUUGGGGAGUUACAGCUUUCGUCAACAAAAUUGUCAAGUCAUAAAGCGAGGCUGUCACGAUCCCAGUAGCGAUCAUCCCCUCAGCAUUCAACAUCGGUCAAUGUUGAGUCAUCACCAUUCUAACUUUCAAGCUGGGCAUUCACAUCGUUCAUGCGUCAGCUUGAGGGGGAGAAUAGGGCAUCAUCAUACGUGGUCAAUCAGUUAAGCAUAUCGACGAUGGUGUAUCAGUCAAGGAGGUUCCCCAGUCUUGUUCAAGAGAGGUGAUAGUCAGAAGUCUCUCAAUCUAUCUCAUUCAAGAGAGGCGCAGUCAACAGCCUCUCAGUCAAUCUCAUCCAGGUAGAGGUGCAGUCAACCGCCUCCACCAUAUCGUUCGGAUAGAACCAAUCAAUCAUCUCCGUCAAGUCAUUCAAGAGACGUAGUCAACCGUCUCUGUCUGGUCGUUUAAGAGACGUAGUCAACCGUCUCCAUCACGACGUUCAAGAAGAUGCAGUCAACCGUCUUCGUCAGGUUAUUCAAGGGAGAGAGUCAGUCGUCUCCAAAUCAAUCUCGUCCGAGAUGUUAUUCAUCUCGAGUUUUGUUGUUCAAGCUUGUCAUGCUUGUUCGUCACAUUUCCUUUUUCAAGCUCGACAUUCUUGUCACUCAUGUCUUCGCUUGAGGGGGAGUGUUGAGGAUAUUAAUUAUUUAGUAAAAAAUAAUUAAUUCCUUGUCCUCCAAGUCCCUUGUUUCCUUGUCCUUGUCAAAGAAGGAAACCUGGUUGUCAUUAGGGUUUUAACCCUAAGUCUCUCUAUAUAAGCUUAGCUACGAGAUUGUCGUAAGCAAGCCGUCACAGUGUAGUCCCUAAUAAAAUAUCAGUUGUGAGCUCGUUCCGAGCUCACCGUGGAUUAGUCUCGAUCAAUCAAUCGAUCGAGGAUACCACGUAAAAUCUUGUCAACUGUUCUUUCGUUCUUCUGCGUCAUCAAAUACUAAGAAAAGUAAGUAAAUUAU